CGUGCUCGAUCCCGGAUAGCCGAUCAACUCUCUUACAUCUCCCUCAGUCUCGCCCUCAAGCUCCGUCCUGUCGCCGGGCCCUUUGGCUCAGCUCCAGGUCCCAACAUAUAACAGGGUGCCCGUCGAGCUGCAGCCCGGAUGAUGCCGGGCCUCCGAGCGCGGCGUUCCGGCCUGGCACUACAUCCCGCCUUCUACAUCGCGAGCUGGAUCUUCUUCUCGAACAUCACCAUCCUCUUCAAUAAAUGGCUGAUCGACGACGCCGGCUUCCCUGUGAUACUGACAUGGUGGCACAUGACCUUCGCCACUAUGGCGACCCAGGUGCUGGCCCGGACCACGAGCCUCCUAGAUGGCCGCCAUAAGGUCAAGAUGACCUCGAGGUUAUAUGUGCGGGUUAUUGUUCCCAUCGGCCUCCUGUACUGCGGCAGCCUGGUCUCCAGCACUCUGGUCUAUCUCUACCUGAGUGUACCCUUCAUACAGAUGUUGAAGGCUGCGGCACCGGUAGUUACCCUCCUAGUCGGCUGGCUCUGGGGCGUUGAACACCCGACUUUGGCGACGUUCGGUAAAGUCUUGCUGAUCGUCGUGGGCGUCGUGAUGGCGAGUGCAGGCGAAAUCCACUUCUCCUGGCCGGGCUUCUUCUACCAGGUCGCUGGCAUCCUGUUUGAAUCACUCCGCGUUAUCAUGAUACAGACCCUGGUGUCGGGGGAGGGGCUCAAUAUGGACCCUCUUGUCAGUCUCUAUUACUACGCCCCAGUUUGCGCCGUCGCCAAUUCCGUUCUCGCUCUCGUCUCCGGGUGGGACUCGUUUGAAUGGUCGCAUGUUGUCGAGGUUGGGUUCGGGGUGCUGUUGCUGAACGCUCUUGUGGCAUUCCUGCUAAACGUCUCGAGCGUUCUUCUGAUUGGUAAGACGUCUGGUCUUGUCCUCGUGCUGACGGGGAUUUUUAAAAACAUCCUCCUUGUCGUUGUCGCAGUCGUGAUAUGGGGAACACCGGUAACCCCCCUCCAGAUGCUCGGCUACGGUAUCGCGCUCUUUGGCCUGCUCCUCUACCAGUCAGGCUGGCAGGACAUAAACCAAUCUUUGCGAGCCGGUAUCACAUGGGCAGGGGGGUUCUCUCGAUUUAAGCUACUCGCGCAGAAACCCCUGCUUGUUGUGGCAUCAUUGCUCAUAGCGUUAUUGCUAGUCUAUGUGUGGUCUAUGAGGGAGCAACUACACGCGAGCUCACCGCACGCCACGGGGCCUGUUCGCGAAGCAGACCAUCUCUCUGACAGUUGGUUGACGUGGCUACACGCGAAUGGUCAACUUCGCAGUGGACGGGAGGCCGGGGCUGGUAGAUGAGGGCCCGGGUAGCUGUGAAGACUUCAACGCUCCCUUGGUUGCGCUGUCAUAUUUCUGCGCCCUGCACGAGAGAAGAUGAUCUGGUAUACCUACUGAUGUUGUAGCCCCAUAACGCCAGUUCGUGAGUUGAAUGAACGCUUUCGUUUCCGCAGGUGUACGUACGUCCUCGUACGGGUGCACGUCACAGCUUCGCCUUCACGGCGGCCGCUC